AUGUCUAUAGGUAGAGAAGCGAAUAAAUGGACUCCAAAAUUAAUAAUCGUUUUUCAACUGACUAUUUGGACUGUCGUUGGGCUUAUAUUUCUUCGAAAAGGUGCAAACUCUUUAUGCGAUAUAAAGGAUACGAUACGAAACGACACUGCUGAUACACAGGAAACGAUCGUGAGGUGGAAUGAAAAACAAUCGAUUCAAGAGUCGAGUAUCAUAAAAAAUCGGCAUCGAAUUGCCGAAUAUGAGGUUACAACGUGGCGGAAGGACGUCGUGGCCCUUGAUAGUUCCAAAAAAACUGCGGGAAAUGGAAAAUGGUUAUCGCGCAAACCGUACAUUUCUUAUCGGCUGGACAAUAUUGGUAGAAGAAUUCCUGAGAAGAGUUCAACGAAUAGGAAACUAACUACGAAUGAUGAUGUACAAGACACUCGAGGCAUUCGUGCGAUACCCGGUCGAACAAUUACUGCAUCCAACAGAAACAAAGACGAAAAAAUAGAUCACAAAGAAAGUGCCGUCGUGGUAACGUUCGAUCAAAGUAGUUAUAAUGUGAAAAAAGUUCUGAUAGAUAAUGACGCAUCGAGCUCAUCGUUUCAAUUGGAAAACUCUAGCUCCGUUAAUGUUGUUACAUCAGAUGACAGAGAUCUUUUCGAAAUUGACGAGUACGAUACCCGCUAUAAGGCAACAAGAAUCGACAGGAUUGAAAAAAAAUUACGACGCACUCCUGUCAAUCGAGUUGGUGCGGCUGCUGCCAUAACUAUGUUGGCGAUUGGUGUUGUUAUGCUACUUUUAGGACCACUUAUCAUUAUUCUACGAGCUUUCGGUGAUAGAAGACGUUCCAGACAAAUAUUCUUAAAAUCAAGGUGUCACGCCGAUCGACCACCCACGUACGAAGAAGCGGUCUUAAUGGACCAAGCACCGAGAUAUUCGACGCUACAACUAGACACUAUUCCAGAGUCUUCCUUCUUCCUUUAAACUAUUUCCUUAAUUUAUAUAUCUAUUAAACGGUU